UACAGCGUCGUCGCACACGUCACCGCACCGGAUGUUGAUAUAAAGUCUGGAGGAAGAGCUGAAAGAAAACAGCAGCGCGAGCUGAACGCGGAUAAACAAACGCUCGAUCUGAAGCGGCUGGUGUGUCUGUGGAUCAUGGGCCGUAUCUUCUUGGAUCACAUCGGCGGCACGCGCCUGUUCUCCUGCGCUAACUGCGACACCAUCCUGACCAACCGCUCCGAGCUGAUCUCCACGCGCUUCACCGGCGCCACCGGACGAGCCUUCCUCUUCAACAAGGUGGUGAACCUGCAGUACAGCGAGGUGCAGGACCGCGUGAUGCUGACCGGCAGACACAUGGUGCGAGACGUCAGCUGCAAGAACUGCAACAGCAAGCUGGGCUGGAUCUACGAGUUCGCCACCGAGGACAGCCAGCGCUACAAGGAGGGCCGCGUGAUCCUGGAGAGAGCGCUGGUGCGCGAGAGCGAGGGCUUCGAGGAGCACGUCCCGUCAGACGCGUCCUGAGAACCAGCGCUCGCCGUGACUCUCAGGUGUUUGUUAGGCCAAACCCUGGUUUCAACUCUCUAGAUUUACCAAUAAACACACAGGUCAAGAGCUUCAGAUGCACAAUCUCUUCUGUAAUUGGCUAAAACAACUGACCAUACCAUCUGCUCUGCGCAUGCAGGGAUGUCCGUUCAGAUAAUAUAACAGAAGUGCAUAUGUUCAUGGUUUCUUUUCCCAUGUUUCACACAUUUUUCCAAUGUGAGUAUGGAGUUCAGUUUGUGCCAAAAUCUGUCUGUCUGCUGUUGUUUUGUCAUUCAUUUGUGUUUUAAUUUCUGCUAUUGGAUAUCCAGAUAAACUAGCAGAUUUGUUCAGUAGUGAGUUUCUCACCAUCUUUCUAAAUCGCUGAAUAUUAUGACAAAAGAUCACUGUAGACUAAAGAUUCAUUCACAUUUAUAGAACAGAAAAAUUAAUGCAACUGAAAGUUUUAGAAACUCUUAUUUAAAAAAUUAUUGUUCUGUUUGUUUAGCUGGAUGUUUGUAGAAUAUUACAGAAUGUAAAGCAUAAAACUGAGCUGAAGAAAUGACACCCAUAAUAUAACCGCUGACCUGGACAAAUGCACUGAACAAUCCAGUCAACACUUUUGGCACAAAUGUAACUCCAUAUGAAGACUUCACAUGCAAAAACUUCCGUCAGAUAGUUUUCUUUUAAAUUAGCGUUUUUAUCAGGCUCCUAUGAAAAUAACAUUGGACAUUUUUGAAAACAAGGCAUUCAAUAACUGACUAAUAACCUUUUCGUGACCAUUAAAGUGAAAUGACUGAACCUAAACAUAGGAGCCUGAUAAAAAAAA